GACCGCGAGGGGAGGGGAAGGAGGAGAAAGAGUGAGGACGCGCGUGCGCAGUGGCGCGGGGAGGAGCGGGGACCUGGCAGCGGGAGAGGAGGCUGCGAGCGAGCCGCGAACCCGGCGGGCGGAGGGCGGCGAGCGCGCGCGCACCAUGGGAGAAAAACCCGGGACCAGGGUCUUCAAGAAGUCGAGCCCUAACUGCAAGCUCACCGUGUACUUGGGCAAGCGCGACUUUGUAGAUCACCUGGACAAAGUGGACCCUGUGGAUGGCGUGGUGCUUGUGGAUCCUGACUACUUGAAGGACCGAAAAGUGUUCGUGACCCUCACCUGUGCCUUCCGCUAUGGCCGAGAAGACCUGGAUGUACUGGGCCUGUCUUUCCGCAAAGAUCUGUUCAUCGCCACCUACCAGGCCUUCCCCCCCAUGCCCAACCCACCUCGGCCCCCCACCCGCCUACAGGACCGACUGCUGAAGAAGUUGGGCCAACACGCCCACCCCUUCUUUUUCACAAUUCCCCAGAAUUUGCCUUGCUCCGUCACACUGCAGCCAGGACCAGAGGACACAGGGAAGGCUUGUGGAGUAGACUUUGAGAUUCGAGCUUUCUGUGCCAAAUCAAUAGAAGAAAAAAGCCACAAAAGGAACUCUGUGCGGCUUAUCAUCAGAAAGGUACAGUUUGCUCCUGAGACACCCGGUCCCCAGCCCUCAGCUGAAACCACACGCCACUUCCUCAUGUCUGACCGGAGGUCCCUCCACCUAGAGGCUUCCCUGGACAAAGAGCUGUACUACCACGGGGAGCCCCUUAAUGUCAACGUCCAUGUCACCAAUAAUUCUGCCAAGACCGUCAAGAAGAUCAGAGUGUCUGUGAGACAGUACGCCGACAUUUGCCUCUUCAGCACCGCGCAGUACAAGUGUCCCGUGGCUCAGCUAGAACAAGAUGACCAGGUGUCUCCUAGUUCCACGUUCUGCAAGGUGUACACCAUCACCCCGCUGCUCAGUGACAACCGAGAGAAGCGUGGCCUUGCCUUGGAUGGGCAGCUCAAACAUGAAGACACCAACCUGGCUUCCAGCACCAUUGUGAAGGAAGGAGCCAACAAGGAGGUGCUGGGGAUCCUGGUAUCCUACAGGGUCAAGGUGAAGCUGGUGGUGUCUCGAGGCGGAGACGUCUCCGUGGAGCUACCUUUCGUCCUAAUGCACCCCAAGCCCCAUGACCACAUCACCCUUCCCAGACCCCAGUCAGUGCCCAUCCACCCACCCCUUCUCUGCCCUUCAGCCCCCCGGGAAACAGACGUUCCUGUGGAUACCAACCUCAUCGAAUUCGACACCAACUAUGCCACGGACGAUGACAUCGUGUUUGAGGACUUUGCCCGGCUCCGGCUGAAGGGAAUGAAGGAUGAUGACUGUGAUGACCAGUUCUGCUAGGAGGAGGGGCUGGGAGAGGUAGGGGCGGGCAGGACUCAGGUCCCACGGCCCUCGAGGGUGGGAGGGUCCCAGCCUCUCCUCCUUCCCCGUCUGUCCGUCUGUCCACCCGAGAUACACACUGGACCCAUCACUUGUUGAAAGUGGGCAUUAAUCUUCUGACUUCAGCUCGCUGCCCGGGCCCCGCUCCCUAGGGCGGCAAGCUGUGUACACACCUAAAGUUUUGGGAAGGGAACAGUGAACGCAAGGAGUGAAUGUAGAGAAAAGGUGUAGAAAGAACGCCCAUGUUUGGCCUCACACCAACUCGCCCCCCAGUCACCACUUCUGCCUCCCAACCCUUGAAGAUGAGACUUUGGGGAGGGGUGAGCAAGGCCAUUUCUUUGUUUCUGAGCAUAGGGAAGAAAUAAACCUUUUAAUCGGCA